AUGCAAUGGAAGAACGGUAAUACAACGAAUGGACUAGUUGUUCCUGGUGGUAACGACGAAGGAAAUGGAUUACAUCAAUUGAAUCUUCCAACACAUGUAUUUAUUGACAAAGAGACGGAUAGUUUCAUUAUUUGUGAUCGAGAGAAUAAACGAGUUGUACAAUGGUCUCGUCGUGGUGGUACAAUACAAGGUGAAAUACUCAUCGACAACAUCCAAUGUUAUGGAUUAGCAAUGGAUGAACAGAGAUAUCUCUACGUUUCUGACUACGAAAAACAUGAAGUAAGACGAUAUCAAUUGGGUGAUAAGAAUGGUACUCUCGUAGCUGGUGGAAAUAAGAAAGGUGAUGGUCUCAAUCAGCUCAACUGGCCGGCAUAUCUCUUUGUCGAUCGACAACAGAAUGUCUACAUAUCAGACAGCUACAAUCAUCGUGUAAUGAAAUGGAAUAAAGGUGCAACAGAAGGUAUUGUGAUUGCUGGAGAAAAAGGCAAAGGGAAUUCUCUGACACAAUUAUCUCAUCCUCAAGGAAUCUUCGUUGAUACGUUGGGUACACUCUAUGUAGCAGACUCGCGGAAUUGUCGUGUGAUGCGUUGGACUCUAGGAGACAAGAAACAAUGCACUGUAGUUGUGGGUGGAAAUGACUAUGGAGCAGGAGCAAAUCAGUUCAGCAACCCCGUUGGUUUGUCUUUCGAUCGACAUGGUAAUCUCUAUGUCGCCGAUACGAAUAACCAUCGUGUUCAACGAUUUUCUAUCGAAAAAGACUUGUGA